UGGAAGGAUGGAAAUGAAUGAAUGAUGUACGAACAAACGAACGAUUGAAUGUAAAUACUGAAAUCGUGAUGUUAAUGCGCCAGUAACAAUGGUACGCUCCUAUAGAAAAUCCAGAUUCGUCAAUCUUUUGUUAUUAAUAUUGUACUCCAGAAAUAGUUGCAUAAAUUCAAUCCUCACCAGCCGGGAAAGCCAAGUGAUUUUUGAGCAGGCGUUUGGACGGCCACCUGCAAGGAUCAGGGUCCUCUAGCCCUCGUAAACUAUGCUGUACCUGUUGGUCGCGCCGAAGAUCGUAACUAGCGGUUUGUGCUCAGCUUUUUUAAAGCACUGUGGCGCACACGCUAUAAGAUAUUCUUCUAAAAUGGCUUCAGACUCUCAUUGGUUGUCUCCUGGUGACAGGGAACAAUUUCUUCUCGAACUGAAAGCUACAGGCUGGAGUGAAGUGGAAGACAGGGAUGCAAUUUAUAAGGAGUUUAUAUUUAAAAACUUUAAUCAGGCAUUUGGGUUUAUGACUCGAGUGGCACUACAGUCUGAAAAAAUGGAUCAUCAUCCCGAAUGGUUCAAUGUUUACAACAAGGUCCAAAUAACUUUGACUACUCAUGACUGUGGUGGAUUAUCGAAAAAAGAUAUAUCACUUGCCAAGUUUAUAAACAACAUCGUGCUGACAAUGUAGCUUUUAGAGGGACUAAAUAUGUAGUUCAUUAAGAAAAUGAUAAACUGAUUUGAUUUGCUUUCCAUACGUUUAAAUUUACUAUAUGUAAUUAUUUGGUUUUAAAGAUUAAUAGGUAUCCAACAGGGCAGUACAUCAUGUUAGAACAUUAUGUUGAUUCUGUCACUAUUUUGACAUAAUAACCAAAAUGAAUGGAUAACUUGGUUUGUGAUUUUGUGGUGAAUAUUUAUUUUAUAAUUCACACUAUGUGCUGUCUUUUUCAUUUAAUAUAAAUGAAGUGAGUUUUUAUCAUUGGGAUGGAAAUAUACAAAGACAAAACAGAAUCAUUGUGUAUGUUUAGAAGAAGUUGAAUAAUCAAAAAAUACAUUUUAUAUGGGUAUGUACAAACCCAGUUUUGCCUGUAUAUUCAGCAUUUACAUGGUACGAAGACCAAAGGACUUCAAUUUAAGACAUUAUGCUGCCCUCAAUAGACCGCACUUCUCUGACAGCAUUUACUGGUAAGACAGAUAUUGACAAUGUCAUGGACACAUGGAUGAGCACAAUGUCCUCUAUGCAGCUAUAGAUGCAUUAAAAAUGGGUAGCUGAAAAUGCAAACACAGAAGACAGAUUGUCUUAAGAUCUAAGGAUUUGAUCUGAACCAGUAUGUUUGAUAAUUUUGUUUUAUAUUAAUUGUGGCACUUUGCAAGGAUGCUUUCUUUAUAAUGUUGGACCAAUAACUCUCAAUGUAGUAAAUUUAAUGUUUACACCUGGUUGAUUAAAUUUCAAGAGUGAAGUAAAGAUUCUGUCUGUAAACAAUGUGACUUUAAAAAACUGUCAGUUGUGGAGACAGUUGACCUGGGACAUAAACUACAGUCAGUGUAUUGUGAAAAUUUCUUUAAGGACCUGACCAAUUAAAAUGAUAUUUUUGUUGAAAA